ACCAGCUUCAUUCUAGACGCUAUGCAACCCACUGCAGGCUCCUCAUCAUACACUUCGCACGACCCGCCGCCCCGCUCAGACCUCUUGUGGGAUCGCCUCCCGUCCCUCAAGAUUCUGAGACCGCCCAAAGGCCCGUUCUCGCAACAAGUCGACGAGCGCUGCCUCACCUUCUGCUCGCAAAGCAUCACCGGGCGCAUCCACGGCCACGACCCAUGGUGCCGCUCCCUCUGCGUCCGCCGUGUGUUCCUACACGAAGUUACGCGCGUCCUCGCAGCGCACGCGCACCCCGGUGCCUCCGCCGAGUCCAUAUCGAUGAACUACCCGCUCCCCCCAGAAGGACAGCGGUACUCCGGGUGGCUGCACGCGCUCGUCGGGGGCGCGGGUUCGGAGCCCGCGCUGGACGGGUACGGGGUGAUGGGCGACCGCGACGAGCAGCGCACCUGGAAGGCGGGCUGGUACCUGUGGUGGUCGCGCAGCCGGUGGGCCGCGCAGGAGCGCUUCGACCAGAUGCGGCGCACGCUCGAGGGGCAGGCCGAGUGGGAGCACAUAAAGGCGCGGCGGAACGAGGAGUGGGCGCACGGAGGUGGUGCGUACGACGAGCAGCGCAUGGUCGAGGACGCGAACCGCAUCGACGACCUCGGGAACAUGCCGCCCUUCCCCGACGUUUCACAUGAGUCGAUAUUGCUGCCGAUCCCGGAGUUCCACCCGGGCGCGUCGCUAGAGAAGGUGCUCGGCCCGACGCGGACGCUGCUCGCCUUCCUGCACCAGGGCAUGCAGGAAGGCGUGCAGCAGGAGCUCAUGCGCCGGAUGUACGAGAAGGCACGUUCAGACGAGCCGCUCAAACUCCUCCGGAUGUGUUGCGGGCUGAUCUGGUCGAAUAUGGGGUUCGGCGACGACGACGAGAAGAAGUCGUGAGGCCUGGUUGGCAUUACAGCGAUAGUAUAUCUAGACGGACGCGUAAUUUGUCAUUGUACUUAUGUGCACGGAUGUAUAACAUUCUCAACCG